AUGUUCCAGAGAACGAUCCUCAGACAAGGCCAGCCCGCAGCCCGGUUUGCGCUGUCCUCCCGCUCGAUUCCCACAGCUCCGUUGGCUGUCCGUCGGCCAUCGCGGUUGCAGUCGCGGCUCCCCCAGAGCUUCCGGCCAUUGAUCCGCCAGCCCGCUUACCGCUUCUACUCCACUGAAAAGGCUGCUGAAUCCGAGGGCAAGAAAGAGGAAGCUAAGGAGGGCGAAGCCGCUGCUGCUGAACAAUCCCCCGAGGAUGCUCUUCGCAAAGAGCUGGAGGACAAGAAGAAGGAAGUCACUGACCUGAAGGACAAAUACGUUCGCUCGGUUGCAGACUUCAUGAACCUCCAGGAACGCACAAAGCGUGACAUGGAAUCGGCCCGUAGCUUCGCUAUCCAGAAAUUCGCCAUUGACCUUCUCGAGAGUAUUGACAACUUCGACCGUGCCCUCCUCGCCGUCCCCGCCGAGAAGCUCAGCGGCGCCGAGGCCGAGAACAAGGACUUGCUGGAUCUCGUCACCGGUCUGCAAAUGACCCAGAAUGUUCUCAUGAACUCGCUGAAGAGGCACGGCGUGGAAAGAUUCGACCCUUCGGAAGCUGGCGAAGACGGCAAGCCCCAGAAGUUCGACCCCAACCUGCACGAAGCUACCUUCAUGGUCAAGUCUGAGAACAUGGAGGAUGGUGACGUUAUGUACACUCAGAGCAAGGGAUUCACCCUUAACGGAAGGACGAUCAGAGCCGCCAAGGUUGGCGUUGUCCGGAACUCUUAA